CGAAAGCUCCAAGUUUAGCCCACCGCUCUUGUCAGCAUUAGUUGUCGAAGCUGCAAUUGCACGCAGACAGACUCGGCGAGAUUCUUCGAAGCAGCAGCGGCCUAACAUACAUCUGCUGCAGUCUCUCCCGCAUCCACAAAACACAUCACUUGACAUCGAAGGCCACCAUGGCAGCAUCCUCCCUGCCCAAUGGCGGCAUGACCAACGGUGUCGGCGCCACGCCCAGCAUCAACGGCCACACUGAGAACGGCCUUACUGCGAACGACAACAUCCAGAGGUUCGCAGCGCCUAGUAGGCCUUUGACUCCUCAACCCCAGCACACACUCUUCCACGCCGUCCAGGGCAUGCUCGACUUCGACUUUAUCUGCAAGCGCAAGACUCCCUCGGUAGCCGGCAUCAUCUACACGUUUGGUGGCCAGUUCGUCAGCAAGAUGUACUGGGGCACCACCGAGACGCUGCUUAACGUCUACGAAACGAGCGAAAAGGCUAUAGCCAAACACCCUGAUGUGGACACCGUUGUGAACUUCGCCUCCUCUCGAUCAGUCUACCAGUCGACAAUGGAGCUCAUGGAGUUCCCGCAAAUCAAAUGCAUUGCUAUCAUUGCCGAGGGUGUGCCAGAGAGGCGUGCACGAGAGAUCGCUUUCGUCGCUCGCAAGAAGGGCGUCACCAUCAUUGGCCCAGCCACUGUUGGUGGUAUCAAGCCAGGUGCGUUCAAGAUCGGCAACACAGGUGGUAUGAUGGACAAUAUCGUUGCCUCCAAGCUGUACCGCAGGGGCUCUGUUGGCUACGUUUCCAAGUCCGGUGGUAUGUCGAACGAGUUGAACAACAUCAUCGCAAACACGACCGACGGUGUGUAUGAGGGUGUUGCCAUCGUCGGCGGUAUCGAGGAGUACCGCGUGAUUGAGGCUGUCAAGAACGGCACCAUCACGAAGCCGAUCGUCGCUUGGGCUAUUGGUACCGUUGCUAGCAUGCUGAAGACGGAGGUACAGUUCGGUCACGCCGGCUCUUUCGCCAACUCGCAGCUGGAGACGGCAGCGAUGAAGAACGAGAAGAUGAGAGAGGCGGGCAUUCACGUCCCCCAGACCUUCGAGGAGCUACCACAGCUGCUCAAGCAAGUCUACGACAACGAGGUCAGGAAGGGCAGCGUCAAGCCUGCACCAGAGCCGGCCGUUCCCAAGAUCCCAAUGGACUACAGCUGGGCACAAGAGCUUGGCCUCAUUCGUAAACCAGCUGCCUUCAUCUCAACCAUCUCCGACGACCGUGGCCAGGAGCUGCUCUACGCUGGUAUCCCCAUCACAGAUGUUUUCCAGGAGAACAUUGGUAUUGGUGGUGUCAUGUCACUCCUGUGGUUCCGCAGACGGUUACCCAACUACGCCGGCAAGUUCUUGGAGAUGGUACUCAUGCUUACGGCUGACCACGGUCCGGCUGUGUCUGGUGCCAUGAACACCAUCAUCACGACCCGUGCUGGCAAGGACUUGAUCUCCUCGCUCGUUGCUGGUCUUCUUACCAUCGGUAGCCGCUUUGGUGGUGCGCUUGACGGUGCCGCUGAGGAGUUCACCCGCGCCUUCGACAAGGGUCUGAGCCCGCGUGACUUCGUCGACAUCAUGAGGAAGGAGAACAAGCUCAUUCCUGGUAUCGGUCACCGUGUCAAGUCCCGCAACAACCCCGACAUGCGUGUCACGCUCGUGAAGGAAUACUGCAAGAAGACUUUCCCCUCCACCAAGCUCCUCGACUACGCCCUCGCCGUCGAAAGCGUCACCACCUCCAAGAAGGACAACCUCAUUCUCAACGUCGACGGUUGCGUCGCCGUCUGCUUCGUGGAUUUGCUCCGCAACAGCGGUGCCUUCAGCAGCGAAGAGGCUGAGCAGUACCUCGACAUGGGUGUGCUGAACGGCCUCUUCGUGCUCGGUCGCUCGAUCGGUCUGAUUGCUCAUCACUUGGACCAGAAGAGACUGCGGACAAAUCUCUACAGGCAUCCGUGGGACGACAUCACUUACAUGCUCCCGGAGCUUGGCAAGGGUGCGCCAGGUAACGAGGGCCGUGUUGAGGUUGAUGUUAAGUAAGCCUAUGUCGUGGCGAGCAUGGUUGUUUUUGGCGUGGCGUAUACUCAAUAAUGAGGUGUUUGGAGACGUUGGCGGGAGUCCGGGAUGCGAGGCACGAAAAUCAAGUAGAAGUGGCCAUCAAGGCACUUUAAGUGUAGAUCAAUGAUCUUUGCCGCAAGACUUACUCCUUGCUCGAUCCUUGCCAUUAUUCACAUUGCGCUCCUUGC